AUGGAGGAGCCUCCAGGGCUCGGGCACUCACGAGAUGCAAUCCCAGGACGACGAGAGGGUGAACCACAACAUCCUUCAAGCACGCGUCCGGGAGCGUCUGCGGGAGGGCUUGAGGGAAUCGAUGUGGAGCCGUUGCACCUACUGGUCCAAGGGAUGCGGCAGUUACAGCAGGCCUACAUCGGAAAAGGGGAGUCCCGCGAUUCAGAGCUCAAGGGAACGAUUGAGCUUCCGAGCAUGCCGGAGCUGACGGCGGACUCGGCAGUCAGUUUUUCGGAUUGGCUGUACGAGACGGAGCAAGCCAUUGGCGGUCUUAGCGACCGGGCGGCGGCUUGGUUUACGAUGUGUUUGACUUGUGCAAAGGAAGCUUACGAGCAGUACCAGGUGAGCGACCCCUUGGCUCGGCUCACUCUGGAGCCAGUGCGACCAGAUGCCCUUCGUGAUGAGAGGUGGUCGAGGCUGGAAAGAAGGGUGUUGACCCUCCUGUUGGGGUCGCUGAAGAAGCAAGCCAAAGAUGAUGCUGUUACCCACAGGAUCAGCACAGUCUCAGGACUACUGUAUCGUCUUCAUGUUUUGUAUGCUCCUGGAAGCGCGGCAGAAAGGGCAUCAAUACUUCGACAACUAGAAGGGCAACAGGGUUCUGGGAGCUUGGUUGAGACUGUGGCGGCAAUGCGCAAGUGGCGCAGACACUUGCAACGUGCAGAAGAGAUGUGUAUUGCGAUACCAGAUGCAUCGCUCCUUCUCAAAGGGGUGGAGACGCUAUCGUACAAGGCGGUGGAGUCUUUGCCGGAGGUGAAGUUCAGGCUCGCCCUGUCAAAGAGCCAGCUGCAGUUGCAAUACCGACCGACUACAGACAGCGUCUUGAAGUUCUACGACCACAUUUUGGCAGAGCUCCAGCAAGCAGCUCCUUCCCGGGCGCCUACUUCAACAUCCACUACAACGACGGAGACAACGAGGCUAAAGGGAAUGAAUGCUACCAAUGGAGCUGGAACUGGGGAAACCUCUUCACCAACGAGACGGGAUGGACACCCCCAGGGGACAAAGGUUCCUUGCCGGUUCUUUCAGUCGGCUACGGGCUGCUCGAAAGGUCAAGCUUGCAAGUUCGAUCACACCUUCGCUUCCAAGGAUGAGAAGAAGUCUCGUUGCUGGCACUGCGGAUCGACCCAGCACACUCAGAAGGACUGCUCGGUGAAGAGACAGUCGCCAACGAAGGGACGGCAACAGCCAUCUGGAGCUACGUCAGCGACUACCUCGUCGGCAACUACACCUGGAGCUCCAACCCUGAAUCAGGCAGCUGUGCAACAACAGCAGGCGCUGCUUGAGUCACUUCAAAGCGCGGCCGCAGUUACGGCAUCUACUUCUGCGGGAUCUACAUUGACGGCACCCUCGGCAUCUACAACCCUGACUGCUCCGGCAACAGCCACGGCACAACAAUCGGUUGAAGCGCCAGGAAAUGAUGAGAAGACCCAGGAGAUCAGUGCCUUACUUCAACAGGCGAAUGCGAUGCUCAACAAGUUGACCCGACUUCAAGCGAUCCAGGUCACCACGGACAAGAGCCUUCAGGAGCUGGCAGCUAGAAUGGAGGACCUGGGUUUUGAUGAGGGCGAGCGUCUAGCACUACUGGACUCUGGUGCUUCACAUGCGUUCCGGGAUCGACGGACAGAUGAGCUCUUGCCCGAAGCUCCGGUUACUGUGGAGCUUGCUGGAGGACAGUGUGUGACUCUACAGCAGAACAAGGCCGGAACCUUGAUUCCAACGGCGAGUUCGGCGGGGUCAACAGAGGCAGCUACAAUACUGCCCCUAGGGGCACUCGUUCAACAGCUGGGGUGUGAGUUAUCUUGGACAAGGAAGGGCGGCUUGAAAAUCAUUCACCCUCAACACGGAGUACUCAAGACGGUGGUGAAGGGGAACUGCCCGCUUCUGGGAGAGACCCAAGCGUUGGACUUGAUCCACCAGUUGGAGCAGAGAAAGCUGCAGGAGCUUCGCGAGGCUACGGCGGAAACUUUCAUUGGGACUUUGUGUUUGACUGAGGUGAAGGAAUGGGACGAGCUCAUGAUGAAGUAUGUCCAGAAUGGUGAACGUUCGACGCUUCUUCAAGCACUGCAGGCCCCGGGCUCCCCUCUUCAAGGAGUUGAGAAUCAGUUAUUGUCAAUGCUGGCAGUGGGUACGGGCAAAUCCGAGGACCACGGAAAGGCGUAUCUGAAGGCAUUGCCGAUGAGAAGGUCUCAAAGGAGGGCUUUGUUGUCCAAGCGAUGGAUUGUGAAGCUCUACGAGCGGGAGGGUGAGUCGGCGGAGCCCUACAAGAUCCUGGAGAGCGAUAAGGUGGUUUUCUUCAACGUCAAUGUACACCGAAGCCGAGGGUUUACGAUGAAGGGGACAAGCUCCGUUUACCAGGCUUUGAUGUGGGCCGCGUGUCGGGGUCAAAUCGAGGGCCUACUAGGAGCUCCACCUUCGAACUCUUGUGCCGAGUUGACAACAAAGCAGCUGCUACUUUGGAUGGUGGCCAAGGAAGGUUCAAGGCUACAUCGCCAAUCGGCUCCCUAUCUUGCUUUGACAAUGGAUCCAGAGUCAUCAUGGUGGGCGUCAACAACCUGGCAGAGUUUCCAGCGUGAGUAUCAGAUUCCAGUGACCCAGGCUUCACCUACGGGAACUUCCGAGUCCUACUGCGUGGCAACAAACUUGGAGUUAGCUGGAGGCGACAGCGAAGGUUGGGGACCAAACGUGGAUGCAACAAGUACGGCAACCAUGGGAUGGUCAAGGAACUUCGAAGGUGGAAAAGGCAUAUCGCCAACGGACAUCUUCCUUACAACAGACGUUGUCGAGUAUGUGUUGAAACAGCGGCUACGGGGAGAUGUCAUAGAAGAUUGGAUUACAUCAUUCCAGAAGAACAACCUCGUGAUGAUCAACUACCUGAUCAAGGAGAUGGAGUCCGAGACCCAGAUGACGGUCGCCGAGGAUGAAGGAAAGGAAAUGGAGUCUGCCAACGAGGAGUACCAGAAGCUCUUUCGAGACAUUGUGGACACCGUGGAGUACAGGAACCUUCAUUUCAUGAUCCCGCUGAAGACCAGGACUGCGCAGUCCCCUCAGACGAAUGGCAAGGCCGAGUUGGUCGUGAAGAUGCUGAAGAGGCGGGCCUUCCACGGAGCUGUUGGCCGCUUGCGAUGGGCCAUGCGGCUUGGGCUCAGAGAGAAUUCGCCCUUGGACGCUAAGGUCUUCGGGCAGGGAGGAAAGUUCGAUCUUGACAACAAGUGGGACAACGGAUGCUUCGUUGGUCCAUCCACUGAGGUGCGAGGUGGUUUUGUGGUGCGUGAUUCAAACGGGCGCUACCUGACUACCAUGCACAUGAAGACCAAGUUGGUGGAUGUUGACGAAGUAAUAAAGCCUGACCCUGCAGAGGCGAUCCUUCCAGCCCCUUCUACAAGAUUGCGACGGAAGGCAACUGUGACUGGGGGAGAUGAUGGAGAUGAGAUUGAGGAGCUAGCCGCUGAGUACGACCUGGACGAAAGGUAUGACGAGGAGGCUGUGUUGAGAAUCUUUGGUAUGCUGGAGGGGAAAUGGCAUGAGACUCAACGUUUCGAAGGAGACCGUGUGGUGAUGAUGGUGUACACCCCGCGGAUUACGAAGUUGCCAGAUGAGAGUAGAGCAGAGCUAAAGGAGUUGGGCUUCAAUCUUCCUCUGAAACCUGCGUUACCACAGCCCAGAGCACCAACAACUACUCUGAAGCAACAGUAUUUGAUCGAUGAGGACGAAGCGCUGGAGACCUUUCAGAAGGUUUCAGCUGAGGAGGAGGGUGCUACUUUGGAUGGAGCGCUUCUACGAGCAAGUGAACUUCAGCAGCAAGUCAUUGAUGAGUUGCUUGAUAGAUCCUCUUUGCUACAAGACUUGCUUGAGGAGGAAGAAGAGAGGAUCAAGGAUCUACAUGAUGCUCAACAAGACGGUCUUGAUGUCACGAAGCAAAUCCAUGGGGAGAUCAUGCAGAUGCUGGACAAUGUGACCAACAACCUGAAGAAAGAGACCAAGCUCAGAGAUGGGACCUUUCUCAAGGCCAUGGCGGUUGAGGAGGUUCAGGACUACGAGAAGCUCCUAGAGAACUUGGAGGGUGACUUACAGGUUACUCACACAGUACCACUUCAGCAAGUCAAGCCGGUAGCAGAUCGAUGGGGAGAAGCAAUCCAGAAGGAGAUCAAGAACCUGUUCGAGACGGGAACCCUCCGGAAAAUCAAGAUGUCGGAUGCGAAACGGCUAGAAGCUGAAGGAAAACUUCGUUUGGUUCCGAGUAAAGGAGUAUUCACGUUGAAGCCCCCUGCCUCGAAAGGGGGUCGUUUCAAAAGAAAAUACAGAUUGGUGCUGUGCGGCAACUUCGUGGAUCCUGAUGACGCCUAUGGUUCUUUGUACGCGGGUGGCAUCAGCGCAGAGUCCCUACGCACCAUUCUCUCUGCUACAACGAGGAAGGGAUGGAAGGGGGCAACAACAGAUAUUACAGCUGCUUUUCUCCAGGCGUUGUGGCCUGAGGGUAUGCCAAUGUAUGCUGUUGUCCCUCCACGUCUGUUACAGGAACUACAGUACGCAGAAGAUGGAGAGGCAUGGUUAGUGCUACGCCCACUCUAUGGACUCAGAGAAUCUCCAGCGAUUUGGUCAAGCCACCGCAACAAAAGAUUGAGAACCUUGGAGAUUGAGCACGAAGGGCGCACACUUGUUCUUCAACAGUCCAAGACAGAUCCGGAGCUGUGGUUUGUGGUCACAAAGCAAGGUGAGGAGGAGGCGCGUGGCUCCCUCCUUGCUCUCUUGAUCACCUAUGUGGAUGAUCUGUUUUAUGUCGGGCCAGAACAAAUAGUACGACUACUACAUGAUUGGGUCUCAAGUGAAUGGCCGUGCUCUGACUUGCAAUGGGCAAUGGCCCCGGAGGGCAUUCGCUACCUCGGGAUGGAGAUUUACCAAAGGGAGACGGGCGAGUAUGCGAUCACACAGCGCGGAUACAUCAUGGACCUGAUCCGUGCCCACAACAUCCUCAACGAGCCGAAGACCCUUUUGCCGUGUCCGAAGGAGUGGGUCACAGAUGAUGUGGACCAGGAACCUGAAUCCUUCCGUGAGGCAGACCUACGAAUGGGACAGCGGCUUAUCGGAGAGCAGCUUUGGCUAGCGAUGAGAUGUCGUCCCGACAUCCAUCACGUUGUUAGCUACAUGGCCAGUUGGGUGAGCAAGCACCCAAUCCGUGUCUCAAGGAUGGCGAUGAGAGUUCUGAGUUACCUACACAAGACGGCCGAGAUGGUGAUGAUCUUGGGACAGCCCGAGGACUUGACGGCCGAUGAAGGAGGCACCAGCUCAAGCAACAACACACCCAGCGGAAGCCCACAGAAGCAACAAACAACAAACAAGGUGGGUUCGGGUUUCUGUGACUUAAAAAUAACUGGGUUUAGUGACGCGAGCUUUGCUCCCUACGGAAGCAAGUCCUAUGGUGCCUCUCUGGUAACGCUUGAGGACUCUCCGGUGGCUUGGAGAUGUGGAAAGCAGGCCUACGUGAUGCUUUCAAUCAUGGAAUCGGAGCUCUACCAGGCAACGGAAGCGGCAGUCUUGGUGGAGAGCGUCGCCGCUCUUCUGGAUGAGCUGUCAGGUUUUUACACACCACGCAAACUUUGCGUCGAUAAUACUGCUGCUGUGGCUAUGGCCACGGGAGGACCUGGUAGCUGGAGGACGCGACACCUACGUGUACGAUCAGAGUAUCUACUUGAGCGUGUGCGAGAGGGCUACCUACAGCUGGAACAUGUGGAUGGAGUCAAGCAGCGAGCGGACCUUUCGACAAAGGUUCACUCAAAAAUCAGACUCUACACGCUACUGAAGAUGUGGAGGUUCGAGAAUCUCCCACCUGAGGCAGAAGCGAUUGUCCUGGCGAAGUUAGCUGCUACGUUGUGCUUACUCAAGGCUUUUGAAGGCCUACCAAGGGCUUUGGCUGAAGAGAACACGGCAGCUACGUCCUCAGUGAGUGUGGCAGGCUUCGACGAGUUGCUAGUUUUUGCGGCUUUGGCUGUUGUAGCUGCUAUUGUCUGCUGGGAACUGGCAAAGUAUGUUGGAAGGUGGUUGUGGAAGUGCCUGUGUAAAAAGACUAGUGCACAGAAGGCGCGAAAACUACGAGACAAGGCCAAGGCGGCUGCGGAGGCAGAAGUGGAGCGCGUCUUCGCGACACCCCGAGCUGAGCCUAACGCCUUUGCGGCAUCGUCGAGUACGUCAUGGUACCCAUCGUCUUUGGCCCCGCGAACAAGGUCAAUUGCUACUCAGACGAUGGACUGGACCAUGAGUAGCGCUCCGAUGCCUGUGGUGCGAGAGCCUACUGUGACACCGCCGACCGGUGUCCGAUCAACGAUUCAGGAUGACAACUUCUACAUGAUCUUUGAUGGACCGUUUUACAAAUCAGAGCAUGGUGAUACGGUUCAUUUGUCGCCAGACUGUCAAGGUUUCCGCUGGGCAACUCAUGCUGUUACUGGAUAUCGCUUGUGUCCAGCAACUCUGGUUGAGACUGGAGUGGCGACGCGGCUCUUGGGAGCCACCAACUGCAUGCAGUAUGGGAGCACAAGAAAGGUCGCUCAGAAGGAGCAGAGGGAUGGCAAUGUAGCGGCCAAAGAGGUAGAUCCACCACCGGGCCUGCCGGAAG